CAUCCAAAAUGACGUGCCACCUGAAGCUUUGGUCGACUCUUUCUUAAUCUUGCAGCUCCCAUAAGUUUAAUACAAUUUACCUUACUUCUUAUCCCUAAAUAUAAAAUUCCACUGGCAUUGCCAUAACCUUCCGGGGCCCAUUCUUUUUCCACCAAACAACUUACAACACAUCCUCAAUCACCCAAGCCCAAUAUCGGGGAUAACUUACAGCUACAUCGCCCAAGAUGUCACAGGAACUGAUCAACCAACUCCUAGAGAUGGGAUUCGACAAAUCACGUGCCGAGCUAGCAGCAAAGAGAUCUGAUGGAUUGCCGGAUGCCAUGGACUGGUUGGAAAAGACCCAAGACACUCCAUUGGAUGAACUUCUCGAGGAGGAAGCAUCUGGUGCCAGCAUUACAAGGGCAGAAGAUGGUACAGUUGCAAUGUCACUCGUCUGCAAUGAAUGCGGCAAGAAGUUUCGUUCCCAAGGCGAGGCUGAAUUCCACGCCGGUAAAUCGGGUCACACUGAUUUUGCCGAGUCUACUGAGGAAAUCGCCCCUCUCACCGAAGAAGAGAAGAAGAAGAGACUCGAAGAACUUCGUGAGCGUGUUAAAGCAAAGAGAGCUGGCCAGGCUGUGGUAGACAAGGAAGAACAGAAGCGCAAUGAUAAAAUUCGCCAGAAGGCCACCAAGGAGUCUCAAGAGGCGAAGGAGGAGCUUCAGCGUAAGGAACAGAUUAAGGAGGCAGCCAAGAAGCGACAAGAGAAGCUCGACGACAUUGAGGCCAAAAAGCGUAUCAAGGCCAAGAUUGAAGCCGACAAGGAGGAGCGUCGUCGCAAAGCCGAGGAGGCCAAAGCUGCUAGAGAAGGUAGAUCUAUUCCCGCCACCACAACAGUUCCGACGCCAGCCCCAGCUGCUGCUCGACCUGCCGCUACUCACAACGAAGCCCGCUUGAGACUACAGACCCCUAGCGGCAACGUUAUGAAGACACUUCCAGCAGACACUACGCUUUUCGAGGUCAAGCAGCUGCUAGAGUCGGAGAACGGACUCUCUGUUACCAAGUUCGCUCAGAACUUCCCCAGAAAGGUCUUUGAAGGUGUCGAUCUAGGCAAGACCCUAAAGGAAGCCGGCUUAGUUCCCAGUGCUGUUUUGAUCGUACAGUAAAUUGACUGGGAACUAGGCUAACACGAAUCUCAUGAUUGAACGUAUAAUAUGGCGUUUAUGGUUUGGCAUAGGAUACAGGUUAAAGGAUUCGCAUGAGAUGGUCGAUACAGAAUUAGGCACACAAAAUUCUAUAAGAGAAAUUAUUAUAAUUCUCCAUAGCCUACCUAGAUAGAGAUUUAAGUCAUAGUUGCGUCUCGUUUCUGAUGCUUGGCACACUUCAGCAUAAUGAACUUAUA